AUGUCAACAAAACAAUCAAAACAGAUUGUACCGAAAAACAAGGCUCAACCGAAAAAGCGUCCAUCCGUUCGACCUCGUCUUGUUUUCGAAGAACCACACAUAUUUCGUGUUAAGAGUGCACAAUCACUUUCACAUUUACAAGAAAGUCGUGAAUUUCUUCCUUGUGCAGCUUGUCUUACAGAAGAUGAACGACGACAAGGAAGAUCUGAUCGACCACAUUCUUCGUACAGUCGUCAACCACCAGCUCGAUCUCGAUCAUCUGAGCCACGGCCAUCAACAGGAAUCAAAAAGAAAUCUCGAGCACGACCGUCAGCUGCUGAUUUAGAACGAUUAAGUCGACCAAAAACUAUACGAGAACAACCAGUAUCAGAUAACUGUAAUUGGAAUAAUUUUAUUAAGAAAAAAAGCAAAUACGCUAUCAAAACACCGUAUGCUUUAUGCAAUUUAGCAUAUGGUCAUGAAAGUUCAGAAACUCGUCCACCAUUUGCUAACUAUGGUGGACGUUACGAUGAUAAACAUCAUGGAGAAAAACGAACAUUCAAUUCUUUAGCUAUUCAUCAAUUGAAACAUCAUGAACAUGAAGAAGAACGUUUAUCAGAAGUACUUCGUGAACGACGUCUUCGUCUACAAGCAAAAAUGUAUUUUCGUGAAAUGGAAGAACGAAGAGCUCGUGCACAAGAAUUACAUGAUCGUGCAGCACGUGCUUCAACUGAAUAUCGAGAUAAUUAUCGACCACCCUUCAACUAA